GACAUUUUAUAAUAUAAUACGCGAUUCGUCCAUAUAGCCCCAGGCAAACAUUACGUACUUUUGCAGCGAGUUACAACGCAUAGCAACAGCGAGGCGGACGGAGUGAUUUUAAAAUAUCCAUGGUACUAAUUUGCAAUUAUAGAACCGAUGUGGAAAUCAUCGUUUGAUUGCCAUUUCUUAAUGUCGUUAUUUAUUCUUCGACUGCCGUCGCCGACGAUUGAACAGUAUAUAUAUAUAUGGGUCACAAUGACGUAUGAUGCAGCAUAAUAUCGGAGGGCGAAGGAACGCAAGCACACACCACUGAGGAGAGCCGGUCAAUCAAUCUCUAACGCCCUCGCGUAACACUUGCUGGCUAGGAUGCGAGUAACAGCCACGUACGCCACGAUAUAAUAUUAUCAUGUUAAUAUUAUAAUAUUUCCCUGCGUUUUUCCCGGACCGAUUACAUGUAUUUUUCACUCGUCGAGCUGCAGUGGACUUGACGCGCCGAUAAUACAGACAUCUCGACCGUUCUUCGCACCUAGACAAAUACAUGUUUACAAUUAAGUUAUGAAGAACUGGAAUACGAAUAAAAUAUCCAGUGCUAUCAUAACUAAGCUUAUAAUUUUCCUUUAUGUUAUCAACUCUCAAUUUACGUAUUCGAAAUGCUUGGAAUUCAGAGAUAUUCUACCAGAAGAUGCCAAGCAGUAUGAUAAAAUGAGACCACCCAAAAUAGAUGGUACGGCAACAAAAGUUCAUUUUCAUGUUACGGUGAUGGGCUUAGAUUCAAUUGACGAAAAUGCAAUGACGUACGCUGCUGAUAUUUUUUUUGCUCAAACAUGGAAGGAUCAUAGGCUUCGCUUACCGGAAAAUAUGACUUCCGAAUAUAGAUUAUUAGAAGUUGAUUGGUUAAAAAACAUUUGGAGACCAGAUUCGUUUUUUAAGAAUGCGAAAGCCGUUACAUUUCAAACGAUGACAAUUCCAAAUCAUUACAUGUGGCUUUAUAAAGACAAAACAAUUCUCUACAUGGUCAAAUUAACGUUAACAUUAUCGUGUGCAAUGAACUUCAUGAUAUAUCCACAUGAUACACAAGAAUGCAAACUUCAAAUGGAGAGCUUGUCUCAUACCACUGAUGACAUGAUAUUCCAAUGGGAUCCAGAGGUACCGUUGGUUGUUGAUGAAAACAUUGAACUGCCCCAGUUACAGUUAGUCAAGAAUCAAACUGCUGAUUGCACUCAGGUUUAUUCCACCGGAAAUUUUACGUGUCUUGAAGUUAUUUUUGUUCUUAAACGAAGACUUGGAUACUAUUUGUUUCACACUUAUAUUCCUACAUGUCUUAUCGUCAUUAUGUCUUGGGUUUCGUUUUGGAUUAAACCUGAAGCUGCUCCAGCCCGUGUGACAUUGGGUGUUACCUCUCUAUUGACGUUGUCAACACAACACGCUAAAUCUCAAGCGGCGCUGCCUCCAGUUUCAUAUCUUAAAGCAGUCGAUACGUUUAUGUCCGCGUGUACCGUGUUCGUAUUUAUGGCUCUCAUGGAAUAUUGCUUGGUGAACAUAGUGCUUGGUGAUUCCGAUAUGCCACCAAAACCAUUAAAUAAAAAAUCGUUUAAUUUCAGCUUCAGGAGCAACUUGAAGUUAAACGACGGCCACUCGAUCCCGCCUCCCCCGCGUCCACCGCCACAAGCGACCGCGGCCGCUCUGGCCGCCACGACGGCCCUCGCACAGAGAAACCGCACCCGGGCCAUAAACAUCGAUCGGUUCUCGAGAGUGUUCUUUCCGUUGCUGUUCGCCGUGCUCAACAUGACGUACUGGGUCAUAUUCGCUCGGUUUUUGUAAUUUCAUCGCUCGGCAUGUCAUCCCGUUGUCCCGCACACACCCACCUGUUAAUAUACCUACCGUCAAAUUUACAUUGCGACUUACGUCUACUUCCGUUUACCACCGCGACGCCCGUAUAGGUACUUAUAGGUACCUAUGCCCGAUAUACGGAACCAUUAGAGAUAUUAUGCGCCUAUAAUACACGUACAACACCUCCUCCAUUACCCACUCCAUGCAGCGUCUGAAACAGAAUAGUAAUAGAUAAAUAACGGGAGAUCGUAUUUUGGGCCGAUUUUAGCUCACUCGCGAUUCGCACCACCAAUAGACAUAAUAUUAUAUGCGCGCGUAAUCCGUGCGAAAAUAAUACAAGAAUAACAACACGUAGCGCCGCCACGUCUGAAUAUUAAUUUCGGUAAUCUACGCCACGACAGAAAACAAAAUGGCAUAUUAUGUGAUCUGCGCCACACUUUCGAAUUAGGUAAAUCAUUUUUGGAAUAUAAUAUCUGAUGUCCUGAUAGAUGCAUCGAGCUCACGUCUGAUAUUGCACAUAAAACGUGAAUAAAUAACGUGGAAUAUUAAUAACAAGAAUAAUUAGACAGUUAACUAUAUAAUAUUCCCGAUUUUUACAUAUUUCAUCAUUAACUGAAGUAAUAAUCAUUUAUACACAAAGUGCGUAUACUUAUACCACCAACUAUGUAGGUAAAUACUAAUUAGCUUACAUUUUAAUAAUUUUCUUGAAUUGAACACGAAAGAUAAAUGGUUUAAAAUAUAUGUUAAUAAAUUGAAAAUUACUGUUCGUUAUUUUAAAAUUACAAUAUUUUGGUAAGGUGAAAAAUAUGGAGCAAAUUACAAUUUGUAUAGGUACACGAUUGCGUAGAUUACAUAAUGUGAUUUUAUAUCUGGUUUUGUGUGGAGCACAUUAACAGAGUUAAUUUUUAGAUGUGGUGGACAACAGAUAUUUUUUUUUGGCAAAUCACAUAGGUACUCCCAAUAUUUAUAUAUUUUUCCUAAACUGGCUGCAACAACUGAAAUACCUGUAGGUACACAAGUCAGUAGUUUACGAAUUACUGGUCGUCGCGGUGUUUAAAAUCGAAACGAUAAUGUUCGAAAAUCGAAAAAAUUUUAAUCCGACAGUUUUUCAGCUCUCCAUAAAUGUCCUAUAGCCGGAGCCAAUCAUGUUAUCAUAUUGAAUUCCUGGCUGUUUACCUCAUGCCAAGCUAAUAUUUAACCUAUACUUGUAAAGUUGAACUUCAAAAAUCUUCUUUAUUUUUAACGGCCGAUCAAAUAUGUCUUCAACACGCAGUUGUACCAACAACAAAAUCGAUAUCCACUUUAAGCAAUUGUUCUGAAAAAAUUAAGAUUUGAUUUUUAAAAUUCUGUUCUAUCGAUCUGAAAUCAUUAGAUAAAAUUGUACGCGCGUACAACGAAACGUGAUACACUGUAUCCUAUAACGUGUAUGUUAAACAGCUUACAAAAACUAGUGAAACACUCUAUGCAUAUUUGAUGAUAGUCCGGUGUCAAAUAUCGGACUCAAAGUGAAAUAGGUACCGUAAUAUUUUCAAAACUGUUGGUCCAUAAUUCAUGUAUGACUGAGAUGAUAUCAUGUUUUCGUAGUAGGUAAUUAAACGAGCUCCAUGAGCAUAACAGUUUUGAGAACAGGUAUAGUAGGUACCAGUGGCGUUCUCAGGGAUUUCCAAUAGGGGGAAGGGAUUGGGAGAGGGGGUGGAUAUUUCUAGAAAAAUAUGAUGGGGGGCUAUCGGCACACAAAAAAAAAGCCAACGGGGGAGGGUUAAACCCCAUAAACCUACCUUGAGUACGCCUACCAUGGUAGGUAUAAUAUAAUAAUAAUAAUAAUAAUAAUAAAAAUAUAAUAUAAGCAACUAUGACGACAAGUUUUCGAUUAUUUUUUUAAUCUGAUCAGUGAUCAACAAUAAUAAUAUUGAUCAAUCGCAUUUUUAUAUACGAUCAAUAGGUAGAUAAGAUGUCUAUUCGUUUAGGCACGCGUAGGACGUUCUAAAAUAUUUAUAGUGUUGACUCGCUCCAAUAUUAUACGGACAAAUAAUAUUACCAGCGAAUAUUAGUUUUACUCGCCGCUACAGACUACCUAUGUGACCAAAAUCAAUCUUUCUCGCUUCUACUCAAGCCAUUUUACUUUUAGUCUUUUUAAAAUUAAGUUGUUAAUGGUUUUUAAAUAACAUGGUGUAUAAUUAUUUUUUAGCAAAAUGUUUGUAGUCGUCGCAAAAGUUUUUAAUAAAUUCAUAUUAAAUUAUACAUUAUUACAGUUACUAUACAAAUUACAAACUAUUAUUGUCUAUCUCUAUAAAAAACUAUUAGAAAAAAUCAUUACACAAUAUUUUAAAUAAUAUUUGAGUUUCAUUUAUCGUUAUCCAGAGAAAACCACAAGAAAGCGAAACACUAUAUUUACCAUACAGACUCUUAAUAAUUUUUUUAAUAGUUUAUUGUAGACAAUAAUAAUUUGUAAUUUGUAUUAUGAUUGUAAAUUGUAAUAAUGUAUAAUACAAUAUGACCUUUUUACAAACUUUUUCAAUAGCUUUACACAUUUUAGUACAUUUUAGUAAAACAUAAUUGUGUUAUAUUUUAUUAUUUAAAACCAUCGCCAACUUAAUUUUAAAAUGACUAAAAUAACUUUGGAGGCGAUUUGGGCCUAACCUAUACACCAGGGGUGGCCAAUUUUUCUAACGUUAAAGUUUUUCCCCUGCGUGCCAUUACAUUUUGAAAAAUAUUACCUAUUCAUUAAAAUAUAUUAUAUAAUUAAGAAAAACAUUUGAAUUUAAAUCUAUUUAUUGAGAGAUUUAAUAAUAAAAAAUACAUUACUGACUAUUAAUGUGCCCUCGGCAUUUUUUUGGGUGCCACCGAUUUGUCAUCCCUGCAGUUAUUUACCCACUACCUCAUGGCUCAUACCUACAGCAGUUGUACAUAGUAUUACAUAUUACACACAUAUAUGUACAUAUAUAUGUAGGUGCAUAUUAAGUCACAAAUAACUGGAGUGCUUAAAGGUGCUUACAAAUUCUGCAUAAUAGUAUAAAAGAUUGAAUAGAAUGCAUACUAUCAUUGAGUAAUAGUUGUCCACUCUUCAUCUUAUAAUAUUAUAUUAAAUACCUAAAAUAAAUAUAAAAUAAAAUAAAUAAAAUAUAAAAUAUAUAAUUAAUAUUGUCUCAUAAAAUUUAUUUUUAUGUACCUACCGACUUGAGAUUAGGUACGUCAAAAAAUUAAUGUGUAUAAGGUGAUUAUUUUAACAGUAUUUACUCAUUAUAUUGAAAAAUGUAAGUUUAAUAUUUUAUAUUGCCCUAAUUU